AUGCCCAAGGCCAGGUACCGGGAGCCCUGCCCGCGCCGGAGACGGGAGAUCGCUCCCGCUGCCCUGGGGAAGGGGCUGGCGGCCGGGGAGAACAGCCUGGAAAAGGGAGGGAGGAACGGAGGGAAGGAGGGUUUACAACAGGCCGUUCCGGCCUCUCCCGCUAAAGCGAGCGGGGCCGAGGGCAUGUGGGGCACGCUUGGCCCUUAUCCGGUUGCUUCUGUAAGCACAUUAACGAGUCCGCAGGUGACCGCGGGCGAGCCUGAGCAGCAGCUUCCCGGCACACCGAGCGCAGGUCCGGAGCCCUCCCGAGCCCUCCGGGCCGUGCCCGGCUCCUCCGCCAAGCCUGACGCGCCACACGACCUUUUGAAGGUGUCUUGUACCGCAGUGGGCUGUCCGGGUGGAGUGACCGUCCCCGAGGUGUUUUAAGGAAAGCCUGGACGCUGUAGUCGGUCUGGUGGUGUUCGGUCACAAGGUGGACUCGGUGGUCUCAGGGGUCCUUUCCAGUCUAACUGAUUGUGUGAUUCUGUGAUUAAAUGUGCUCCAAGAAAAGCCUCCCGCUGCACAGCUGUGAUACUUUAUGGGAUCUUGCUAUAGCUGAAGUGGAGAAGAGAGAAAAUCCUGAUGAUGAUGAUGUCAAGCCAGGGGAAGUUUGGGAAAAAUCAAUAUUAUUUAUGGGAAACAAAAACGGGGGAAAGACCACUAUCAUACUGAGAUGCCUUGAGAGGGAAGAGUCUCCAAAGCCUACAUUAGCCUUGGAAUAUACUUUUGGAAGAAGGGCAAGGAGACCCAAUACACCUAAAGAUGUAGCUCACUUUUGGGAACUAGGUGGUGGAACUUCAUUAGUAGAACUCAUUCGAAUACCAAUCACUAGCCACAACAUAAGGUCAUUUGCUGUAGUUCUGGUAUUGGAUCUCUCUAAACCGAAUGAACUCUGGACUACUAUGGAGAGCCUUCUGCAGGUCACCAGGAACCACGUGAAAAGAGUUUUAACAAAACUAGAAAGGACAAACCCUGAAGUAGCUGCUGAAAUUAAAGAGGGAAUAUGGAACGAUCUGCGGAGGGAUCACCCUGAUUAUGCAUUAGUUGAUCCUUUUCCAAUACCUUUGUUGAUAAUUGGAAGCAAAUAUGAUAUUUUUAAUGAGUUUGACUCUGAAAUGAGGAAAAUAAUAAGCAAGACACUUCGAUUUGUUUCACAUUAUUAUGGAGCAUCAUUAGUGUUUACCAGUAAAUCUGAGGCUCUCUUGCUGAAAGCCCGUGCUGUUAUUAAUCACUUGGCAUUUGGCUACGAUAAAAGCAAGUCUGUAUCAGUGGAUCCCAGCAAACCUCUCUUUAUACCAGCAGGCCUGGAUUCCAUGAGCCAAAUAGGACCACCACCUGCCUCUGACAGUGAUCUUGGAAAGAUGCGUGCCAACACGCCUUUGGAACUAUGGAAGAAAGUAUUUGAGAAAACAUUUCCUCCCAAGAGUUUCUGUGAUUUACAAGAUACCAAGGACCCUGUGCAGGAUAGUCAAUACGCUGAGUAUGAAGUUGAUGCCAUGAGAGCUCAGAAAAACCAGGAACUUGAACAAUACAAAAGAAAUGCCUCUAAAUCCUGGAAAGAAAUGGAUUUUGACUCCAGUUGAUGAACUACUCUGUCUUCAGUUUAACACCAUUUACAAAAUUAUUUUUAUCAUUAUUACAUUACAUUAGCAAUUUGAUCUAAUGCAGUUGAAAAUACAUAAUACCAAACUAUGAACUUAGUUAUUUAUUAAGCAUCCCUGUUGUUAUUUUUCAUAAAAGGAGAUGUUUAUUCACUCAGUCUGAAUUUGUUUAUCUUGACACUGGCAAAGAGUUUUAAAAAGUGGGGAGAAAGGAAUUCUAGAUUGCUCUCAGAUGGGUUUGUAUAUGAAGACUGGUAUUAGUCAGUUCUACCUAUUUUAUAAGACAUUAUUUGAUUUACUUUUGAAUACUUUUACCCUAAGCAUAUAUUUAAAUAUAAACAAGUUUUCACACCCAAAAUAUUAAAUUGUAUAGUGUGCUAGGCAUCUUUUUGUAGUUCAAAACCAAAGCUUAAUAAAUACUUGCAUAAUUGUUUGAUAUAUUUGAAUAAAUAAAUAAAACUAAAACUGGCAGAAUAAAGUGGAGUUAAAACCAUCUUUGACCUGAA